AGCCGGGGGUCAUCCGGCUGCACGGGCACCACCGCGGCGUCGCCAUGGGGAACUGCUUCUUCAGCCAGAACAAGAGCACCAACGUGCGCGUCAGCCUGCCGGCCGUGUGCUUCGUGUGGGAGAUGGCCAUGGUGGUGCUCUUUGGGAUAUUCGUGAGGUACAACUACGAAGCGGACGCGCACUGGGAGGACUACAGAAAGAGCCACAACAUCAGCAGCGACAUCGAGAACGACUUCUACUACCGCUACCCCAGCUUCCAGGACGUCCACGUCAUGAUCUUCGUCGGCUUCGGCUUCCUCAUGACGUUCCUGAAGCGCUACAGCUUCGGCGGCGUGGGCUUCUCCUUCCUGAUCGCCGCCUUCGGCCUGCAGUGGGCCCUGCUCAUGCAGGGCUGGUUCCACUCCCUGGACCCGGCCACCGGGCAGAUCAAGAUCGGAAUUGAAAACUUGAUCAACGCAGACUUCUGCUGCGCCGGCUCGCUGAUCGCCUACGGCGCCCUCCUGGGCAAAGUGAGCCCCGUCCAGAUGAUGGUGGUCACCCUGUUCGGGGUCACGCUGUAUUCUGUGGAGGAGUACAUCAUCCUCAACCUCCUGCACUGCAGAGACGCCGGUGGCUCCAUGGUCAUUCACACCUUCGGCGGCUACUACGGUCUGGCCAUCUCCUGGAUCCUCUACCGCCCCCACCUGAAGAGGAGCGGGCACCUCAACGGCUCCGUCUACCACUCCGACGUGUUCGCGAUGAUCGGCACUCUGUUCCUGUGGAUGUUCUGGCCCAGUUUCAACUCGGCCAUCGCCAACCACGGCGACGGGCAGCUCCGAGCGGCCAUAAACACCUACGUCUCGCUGGCGGCCUGCGUGGUCACCGCUGUGGGCGUCUCCAGUCUGACCAAGAAAGGGGGAAAGCUGGACAUGGUGCACGUCCAGAACGCCACGCUGGCCGGCGGCGUCGCCAUGGGAGCGGCAGCCGAGUUCAUGAUCUCCCCCUACGGCGCCUUGAUCGUGGGCUUCUUCUGUGGCAUCAUCUCCACCCUGGGCUUCGCGUAUGUUACGCCCUUCUUAGAGAAGCGCCUCAAGCUCCAGGACACGUGCGGCGUCCACAACCUGCACGCGGUGCCGGGGAUGCUGGGCGGCUUCGUGGCCGCCAUCACCGCGGCGUUCGCCAGCGAAGCCGUCUACAGCAAAACCGGGCUGGACAACACGUUUGGCUUCCAGGGCAGCUACGCGGGCCGAUCUACGGGGACACAGGGAGCCUACCAGGCUGCCGGCACGUGUGUGGCCAUCGCAUUUGGGAUCGUUGGAGGAGCAGCUGUCGGGCUCAUCCUGAAGCUGCCCAUCUGGGGCGACCCUGCUGAUGACUACUGCUUUGAUGAUGAAGCUUAUUGGGAGGUUCCUGAGGAUGAGGAGGGCAUUCCUCCAGUUCUGGAGUACAACAACCACAUGGCACAUAAACAACAAGAAAUGGGUGAGUCAACCUUCAACAUUGAGCAAAGUUAAAGCCUCUCAGCGGGAGAUCAAACCAUUUUAUGCAGCUGUGAAAUACCAGUAAUUUAUACAGAAGACAAGCCCACAAACGGGAUGCUCCAUAUAAACAAUGAGCAUGUAUACACAGUGACAGAUGCUUCAUGAAUCCACACAGUAUGAAACAGCACAACUAAUGUUGCAUAAUUUGAGAGCUGUUGAGUGAAUCUGAUUUUUUAACAACUUUGACUUUGGAUUCUUUCUUCUAAUAGAAGGCAUUUAUGGAUUUUCACCAAUUAUCAUUUUAAAAGUGUUUGUAAACUGCAUGUGAUGAGUAUUGCACUUUCUACAGUAUGUGUUUGUUGGGUAAAUUACCUAACAAGAAGGAUGUUUUAUGGUAGCUAUGAAACAGCUUCCAACAAUGAAGGGCCUGUGUGUUGAGCUUUGCCUAUUAUUAUACUAUUUAAAGUAAUACUUAUACAAAGUCUUUUAGUCUCAAAUUUUUAUUAGAUAAUAGUUAGAUUGAAAUGUUAGUCUUAGAUAGACGUGUAUUUACUACAUCAGCUCUCUUUUUGUGAAUACAUAAUUAACUUAUUCAUUGAAAACACUGAAAAAGCUUUUCCUUGUAUUUGUAUUAGAUAAUUAAAAUUGUAAGCAAUUGGUUCUUGAAUAAAUAUUAUAUAUAUGAA